AUGGACAGCACGCCAGAGGACGCCACCAGCGGCUACGCGCAGCCCGACCCGGAUGUCGGCUACCUCGACCCGAACGUGUCGUACGCCGACAGCAUCGCGACGCUGACCUUCUCCAAGCCGGAAGUGGGCGUGAUCGGCGUCGCCUACGCGCUCGUCUUCGUCGUCGGUAUCGUCGGCAACUGCUUCGUGAUCGCCGUCGUCGCGCGCACGCCGCAGAUGUGGUGCGCGACGCACUUCUUCAUCGCCAACCUGGCGUUCGCCGACGUGCUCGUGCUUAUGUUCUGCCUGCCCGUCAACUUCAUACAGAACGUCUUCUUCGAUUACAUUCUAGGUCUGUUCGUCUGCAAGGUCGUCACGUGGCUGCAGGGCGUCUCCGUGUCGGUAUCCGUGACAACGCUAGCGGCGAUAUCCCUCGAGAGGUACUUCGCCAUUUGUUACCCGAUCCGCUACCAGAUGUCGCUGCAGAUCGCGCGCCGCGUCAUCGUCUGCACGUGGAUCUACUCGUGCGCCGCCUUCGUGCCGUGGCUCGUCUACUAUCACCUCUUCACGCCCUACCCGCAGCGGCUGCCCGACAUCGAGCAGUGUCGCGACUGGUGGCCGAGCCCGCUCGCUCGUACGCUGCACUAUCUGUUCGUGACGUUCUUCGCCACCUACUUCCUGCCGCUGCUCAUCAUCUCCGGUACGUACAUGAUGAUCUUCGCGCGCGUCUGGCGGCGCGAGAUUCCCGGCGACGCGACGACGGCGCGCUACUACGACAAGCUGGCGAGCAAGCAGAAGGUGAAGGUCGCCAAGAUGGUGCUCAUCGUCGUCUGCAUGUUCGCGCUCUCCUGGCUGCCGCUGCACGUGCUCUACAUGCUGUCGAUGUUUGGCGCCGUGCCGUACGCGACGAUGUCGGAGGCGGGAAAGCACGCCUACCGCUACGUGCAGGUGUUCGUGCUCUGGCUCGGCAUCGCCAACAGCUCCGUCAACCCGGUCGUCUACGCGUACCUGAAUCGAAAGUACCGACUCGGCUUCCGCGCGAUCCUGCGCAGUCGUUCGUGCUCGAAGCGUCUACAGCUGUCGCAUGUCGGCGGCAGCAGCCGCCAGACGGUGCACUCGUCGUGCGUCGACCCGACCGAGGAGGUGCUGCAGUCGCACUCGACGGCCGUGUGACAGAUGGCGCGUCGCAAGCGGCUCGGUAGACAAUUGAACGUCGCAAACUUGGAGUGGCUUGCGACGACGCCGAUAACAACUUGCAGCUGCAGAAGAAGUAGGUAUCGCUGCGUGUGUAUGCGAGCAGCAGUAACGCAAGAGCGCAUUCCUAACAGGCAGCGCCGGA